AUGGUAUGCUGUUCAAACUUAUCUUUAAUUUUUAGUUUCAUGAGAAAUAUUUUGUGCUGCGCACAAAAGAUGGCUAUGACCAAUGCUGUGACCAAGUUUUGGCAUUUGGUGAACAUUUUAGCAAAACAUAUGGCAUAAAUAGAAGAUCUAUUCUCAAUGAAAGCACAUUUUUUCAUGUUGUUGGUGGCCUACCUACAGAUGCCAUGCAUGAUAUAUUAGAAGGUGUCUUACAUUAUGAAAUGAAAGAGAUGUUGAAAGAUUUCAUCAAAGCCCAUCACAUGUUCACCUUAGAAGAUCUGAAUAGCAGAAUCGCCAGAUUUGAUUUUGGAUACCACAAUGAUAAGAACAAACCUUCACCUAUUACGGAACAAAAAUUAUCAUCAAAUGAUCACAGUCUAAAACAACAUGGUUAG